UUAGUAAUCUGUGUCUGUGAUGGUCUAAGGUCUGUGACUAUGGUUUAUGGUAUCGCUGGCCGGCCGGCAAACGGCAAAUAGAAUUCAAUUUGAAAACCGCCAUAAACAGAUAACACAAAGCCUCUUCGUUUUGCUACUACUUUAAUUUAUUGUUAAUACAAAUAUAAAGGUUUGUUCAGUUUUCACGAAACUAGCAAAAAUACUUUUUUUGUUAACUUUAGUUUGUUGAUUUCGUUCUGUGUUUAGUGGUUUCGGUAAACAACCAGCAACUAGAAUAAUGACAUCUAAAUUCAACAAAAACGGUGUAUUCACUGGGCCUGUAGAUUCAUAUUGCCUCAUAUGCGAAACUUACUUCAAAGAUGCUAAUGACACCAGUGCACAUAUUGAAAAGCCAGUACAUCUAAAGAAUUUGGAGGCUACGCCGUACUAUGAUAAAUAUAAGGACGAACACAUUAGAAAGGUUAAGUCGGGCUACUAUUGCGAAUUCUGCAAUCGUCUUUUAGCCACUGUGGCCAAAGUUGUUCUUCACAUAUCAGAUCCGCAACACCGUCACAGUAGGGGUUUGCAGCUCCUGAAACGGAAAUUUGGCGGAGUCCUAGCAUUUGGGAACAUCUUGAUUAAUGAAAAAGCAUGGAAUGGCAUUAUUGAUAAAACUUGUUCAUUGUGUAAUACUGAAUUUGAGGAUGAAAAUAUCCAUAAAAGUAGUGGGUCUCAUGCUCUUAAUUUAAUCAAGAUUAAUGUCGAGUUUCAGAAGACGUCAAUUUAUCGUAAAAUUGACGAAGAGAGUUUUCACUGCCUCACAUGUAACGAAGUUGUUGCCAUUAAAUCAUUCACCGAACAUUUUGAAAGUUUAAACCAUAACAAAAAACACCGGGAAUGCAACGAUUUUGGCACUAAACUCGCUAGCAAAUUAGAAUCAGUUCAAGUAAAACAAGAAUCAAAAGAUGCUAAAAAAGUAAUACCACUAACGGAAACUAAAGCUAAUUUCACAAUUGAUGAGACGCCGAAGAACCGCAAAGAAUUAGAUGCUUUUAUUCUUGACUCUUUGGGUAUAAAGGAUUAUAUGAAGGAACUUCACGAUGGUCAAAAUUACUGUUUGGUGUGUGAAGGAAUAAUCCAACGCAGCGAAAUAAACAAUCAUUGUAAUAGUGGCCAUCAUUUGACAAUUCUCAAAAUGCACAAGGAUAAAUUAGAGAAAAAGUGUAAAGCUGAAAAUGAUCAAACAAAAAACAUGCCAAGUGAUUAUUUGAAAAGUCCUGAAAUUGAAAUUAACAGAAACAAGAUCCUGGAUUCACUGCCAGAAUUCCAGAGAAAUGAUGUUAAUAUUGACUAUGUAAACGAUACAAUUGUGUGCAAGAAGUGCUCAAAAGAUUUAGACUUUGACUAUGACGUUAUAAAAAAUCACAUUGAAGGACACAAUAUAGAAACAAACAAAAAAGUAGCUAAAGAAAUUCCAGUUUGCGCCCAGAAAGGCGCAAAUAACGUUAAAAAAUCACAACCUGUGUUGGUGAAAGACAAUAAAUCUGAUCAAACCCAAACAUCUGGAAAGAGUUCUCUUUCCUUCAAAGAUGAUGAAGAAAUAGAAGUAUUUGCCAAUAACAACAAUAUGCAAUACAACAAUCUCAAAGUCUACUGCAAUUGCUGCCAAACUCAUUUACCGGCGUCGAUAAAAAACCUUAAGCAACAUGUAGAUGGUGCAAAUCAUAAAUAUAAACAAGCAAGUAUUGAUAAAGUGGUUAAGAUGAAGAAACGUGAUUUAAAAAAAGUGCCAUUGUUUUUAUUUACCACAUCUAUCGUAGACCUAGUCAGCAAUGUUUUUGAAGACGUUGUUUUAAACAAGAAAUUAUGUGUAAAUAAAAUGAGUUAUUUCUUCUUAAUGCCCAUAGGCGAUAAUCAUGUAAAAUGCGUAUGUUGUGGCGGCGUACGUCUGCCCCUCGAUGAUAUUACGCCAAAUCACUUGCUCACCUCAAGUCAUGCCAAAGCCUUUUCUGAAAGUUUGGUGGUUGAAAUUGACUCGGAAUUUAUAAGAGAGGUUCCUAAAGGAGUAUACCAUUGUGGCUACUGCAACAUGGUGGAAUCAAGCUGGGAACGCAUGGAACAACAUUUGGAUACCGUUCAACAUAAGGAGCACAAGGGCGUUGCUCAAUAUCGAUUGCAAUCAAAUAUACCAGCCGUAAACAAACAUGAAAACCGGGAGCAAAUGGAAUUUUUCGAUUUCCUGAAAAUGAUACACAGAUGCAAUUCGAUGUCCUAAAAAUAAACUAAUAUUGUAACUAUAUAUACAGAGGAUGAUACAUCCUCAGAAAUUACAAAUUUAAUUGCAGAUAUUGUUAUUUAAGUUUAACUUUGUACUUUUUUUACGUAAAACAAAAGGUCUGCGACUUUUAGAUCCCAUGAAACAAAAACUAAUUAUAUUGUCUCUACCUAUACCGAGAAUUAUAUCCUCACAAAUUACAAAUUUAAUUGAAGUUAUUGUUAAGUUUUACUUCAUUAAUUUUUUCGUAAAACAAAAAGUCUGUGACUAAGAAUCUAUAAAACAAAAAUUUAUUAUGUUAUCUCGUUACAAUGUUAGUUUAAGCUAUUGUUAGUUAAGUUUUACAGUUUGUGUUUUUUUUCCGUAAUACAAAAGGUCCGCGACUGUAAGCACCUGUACAAAAGUGUUAUUUAAUUAAUAAAAGUCUUCGGAAUCGAUUUCAAAAUUAACUUUUAUAAAAAAAUCGUGAAAAGCAUUCUGUAUUACAAUAUGCAAAGCUUUUUUUAUAACGGGAAAUACCAGUCUGCCUUUUGUAUGCAAUUUGUUGCUUUUGUUAUGAUUAAUUUAUUCAUUAGUUUUUGUAUUUCAUUUCAUUAAAAUCGCUAUUUAUAUUUACGUUUUGCGAUACUGCUUGUACUCACAUUAAAACAUUAAGUUAUUAAAUUUUAGGUGAUUUCUUAUUAUAAUUUUAAUUUUAAAAAUAUUUCACUAGGCAAACGUGUCAUUAAGUUCUUUUUCUUUCAAUUUUUAUAAUAUUGUUUUGUUUUUGCUUUAUGUUAGGUCUAUCAGGCUCGUUGUGUGCUUGAUUUAUUAUCCUUACAGUAAAGUCGUCGCGACUUCAUUCCGAAUUUUCAGUGAUUCCUAAUAUGUUCUUUAGACGCUCUCUCGUUCUCGUAGCCAAUUACUUUUCCUUUAAAAGCUUUCUUCGCAAGUUUUGAGCGCUUCUGCUUUGGAAUAUGUGCAUAGCAGGUCCUACCUAUGAUUCGCAAAUGCGUGAUCUUUAGCUCUUUGCCGUGCCAUAGCUCAUAGGAAAGUAUAUCUUGUUUUUUUGUGGGUCCGGUUCUCUGCCCAGAGCAUAUGUGUUAUUUCACCUUUUGCGUGCAUCAUGAAUCUUGCAGCUUCACGUAGAGUCCUAUUUUCACGCUCGAUACAGCCGUUCUGUUCAUGCGUAUAUGACACGGUUAGUCUGCUGUAUACCGUAGCUCUCAAGUACAUAUUUUCUUUCCUUCCCUAUUAUAGAACUCCUCACCGUUAUCACUCAGUAACGUCUUGAUAAGGUGUCCGGCAGCCUUUGCUUCUUUGAGCAUCUGGGUAACCUUCUCCUUGACCUCAGACUUGUGGCGUAUAAAGUAAACAUGAAACAAAAACUAAUUACAUUGUCUCUAUCUAUACCGAAAAUGAUAUCCUAACAAAUUACAAAUUUAAUUGAAGCUAUUGUUAAGUUUCACUUUAUUUAUUUUUUCGUUAAACAAAAAGUCUGUGAGUUAGAACCUAUAAACCAAAAAAAUGUUAUGUUAUCUCGUUACAAUGAUAGUUUAAGCUAAGUUAUUGUUAGUUAAAUUUUACUUGUAUUUUUUUUACUUAAUACAUAAGGUUUGCGACUGUAAGAACCCGUGCAAAAGUGUUAUUUAAUUAAUAAAAGUCGUCGGAAUCGAUUUUAAUAUUAACUUUUAUAAAAAAAACCUGAAAAGCAUUCCGUAUUACAUAGGCAAAGCUUUUUUUAUAAAGGGAAAUGCCAGUCGGCCUUUUGUAUGCAAUUUGUUGCUUUUGUUAUUAUUAGUUAAUUGAUAAGUUUUUGUGUUUCAUAUCAUUAAAAUUGCUAUUUUUUAUUUAUGUUUUGCGAUAUUGCUUGUACUCACAUUAGAACAUUUUUUAUUAUAUGUUAUUUAAUCUUAGGUUAUUAUAAGAAUAUUUAAUUAGGCAAACGUGUCGUUAAGUUCUUUUUCUUUAUUUUUUAUAAUAUUGUUAUUUUUGAUUUAUGUUAUGUCUAAGGCUUUUCCUAUCAGGCUCGUUGUGUGCUUGAAUGCCAAAUAAUAAUAAUGAACAGUAUUGGAAGAAGAAAAUUAAAAAAGAAAUGUUCUUUCAAAUUUAAAACUUCUUAAG